GAUGGGAGGGAGGUAGCAAUGCCACGUGACCAACGCUAUCCUCCUGCGGCGGGGGUAGCGCCUUUCUUUGUCUCGGGACUGCAGUGAAGCGAUGUCGAGGGUUGCUAGGGUUUGACUAGGAAGCGGGAUAAGGCUGUUCUAUGGAUAACUCCAACGGCACAUCCGGAGAGGCUCCGGAUCUGGAAGCACGUGAGGACAUGGCCUCUCAGGAAGGGAUAGAUGCUGGAGAUGACUUCAGCAAUUUUGAAAGAAGUGAACGGGUUGUCACGAGUUCUCCCGAUCUAGCAAAAGGGGGAGGGAUGGAUGGUCAAGGAGAACUCCCCAUGCCACCCAUUGUCCGGCAGGGUCCGGUUGCCAUGGAUACGGAUUCGGACACCGGCACGGACAGUGAUGCAAUGAUGGACAGGGGUGGACAAGGUACUGAUGAUACUACCAGCACAUCAGAAUCUGAAGACACACAAAUCUGGGUGCCCGUCGGCCGCCAGUACAGCAGCGGACAGUCAGGUUCCGAGUCCCUGGAGAGAUACUCAGCCAAAAGCUCCACCCCAGGGGAAAACUCUCUGGACCGGCCCUGCCCCCGUCGCCCUGUCCCCUAUUACGCUACGAUGAGCAAUGGGGGUACACUAGGGGGAGAUUCACGGUCGAGUGGCGAGGGAGGGAGGGCUCCCUUUGUCAACAACCUCCAGCCGAACCUACCCCGCAGGAUUAACAUAAUGAGAGAGGAGCGACAGGGCAUCACUGUCAACAUGGCGAGCGAGGCACCUAGCUUCUCCCACUCUCUACCUAAUGGGGAUUCAGGUAUAUGCCAAGACGGAAGCGAGGCAAGUCCUACGACUGCCGAAGAUGCAUUUCUCCCGGACACCCCUCCUCCCACCCCUGUUUACAAACAACGCCGGGACAACGCCCUCAGGUCUUCAUAUGACCACGUGGUACAGGAACCUCUCAUUGACAGCUUGUUCGUCAACCUCAGCGCUCUGUACGCCAUGUUUGUCAUGGUGCUAGGUUUUGUCAUUCCCAUCUCGGAGACAUUCACCACUGAGCCACGGGCCUAUCUGUUCCAGGGAUUCUACAUCUACCUGUACGCCGUCAGCGUCCUCUUCCUCCUCUUCAUGUACAUCUUCGUCCUGAGAACCCACAGAUGCAGCUGCAGGUGCCCUUGUAAGAAGAGGCGGCGUCGGGAUCCCCUCAUAGCGGCCCUGCAGGACAAAGACUUCAAGAACAGAUUCACCUUCUCCGAGGCAGCACACUCUCACACAGGCAGCUUCUACCUUAGACUCGGUGCCGUCGGGUUCGGCAUCGGCAGCAUGAUAAAAAGUGGCCUACAGUUCGGCGAUUUCUUCGAGAGUGACGUCAUGUCGAACUGUCGGGAUAUCAUGCACGGUAUCUGCCCCAUCAUCCAUCUCGUCUUCACAUUCUCACAGUUGUACUUCGUCUUCCUCAACUCAAAGAUAUGCAUCCAACGUUUCAAGAUUCUGUCGCGUUUUGGCGUGAUGCAUCUGGUUGCCACGAACAUAUGUGUGUGGCUGGAGAACAUCGUGGAGGAGACGUUGGUGGAGCUGCAGCAGUACGUCAGUGAGAUGAGGAUGGGACAGGGGCCUCUCAUCAUCAGGAACAUCUCUGUUAGGGUCCACUCGGCCAACAAGUCUAGCACUAUAGCAACUCCUCAACCAGCGUUUACAACAACUACUACUCCGUCACCGGGGCGACACUGUCAUCAGGAGAGCUUGAUGAAGAAUGUCGUGGAGAGGUCGGGGCCGUACCUUUACCCAUGCAGUAUUGAGUACAGCCUUAUCUGCGCAGGUAUUCUGUUCGUCAUGUGGCGAAACAUCGGCAAACGGGGAAUCAAUCGCGAACAGGAAGAACAGAGGGAGGCUAAGGCGAAGGCUCAACGCCUCAGCCUCGACUGUACAGGCUCAAGUCGAGGCUUAUUCCUCGGUAUCCUCGUAUUGGUAGCUGUCGUCAUUUCCGUCAUAACGUUCUUUGUUCUGAUUGGCUCCCACGAGAGAAACGAAGCCGCUAUCAUGGUUGAGCAUCUCUCAGAAAUCGUCAUCUACAUAUUGACCUCGUUGGCUGUAAUAUUAGCAUUCUACAAGAUGCAGGGUCUCCGAUUCCGUCUUGAGAAAACGCUGGAUUUAGAAGAAUCUCUUAUUCUCAUAUCUCUGCUUGGAAUCUACACGUUUUCCCUAUUCAGCAUAAUCUCGGCCGCCUUCAUUUCCGCGCAAGCGCAGAGCCUUCUUAUCAUUAUAUCCAGCGUUCUGCGCAUGUUUCAAGCUACUGUACAAACUGUGUUUAUUAUGAACGCUCUGAGGAGGUAUGCGUAUGUCAAAGACCACGAGAGACGGAAACCAGGGAGAGAGUUUGUUACGUUUUUGCUGGUCUCAAAUAUUGCCUUGUGGGGAAUAAACACAUUUGAGGUCCAGCAAUCAGAAGCUAACCCUAUUCAAAUUGACUUUUUUGGAGUGUUGCCCUGGAAUAUUUUCACUCACAUAUCCAGCCCUCUAGCUAUCUUUUAUCGUUUUCAUUCGACGGUGUGUCUAUCAAAUAUAUGGAAGCAUGCUUGGAAACGGAAGCGUGCUUGAACAAAGGGAGAUCAAUCUCAUGGUCAUCACGCGUGCGCUCACUUGGGUUAUUUAUUAAACUGGAUCAUAUGGCAAGCUUGUUACAGUAUUACCUCAUGAAAAAAACAUACCUCAAUCACAUCGACUUCUGCUGUCAGUGAAAUGGUCAUUAUCAAAUAGUCGCUGUUUCGACCUGUGGUAAUGUGUGACCAAUCGGAUACAAGUAUUUGUCAUGCCCUGUUACAGAAAACGUGUUCAGCCAAUCAAAUGCCCUGUUUCGUUUGUCUGAAACCCCGUUCAUCCAGACAAAAGAGAACCAAUCAGAUUAGUGAGAACAGAGUUACAACUUGCCGCAAUCGUGGUGAAAAGACAUGAACAGUGCUGAUGUCUUGUGGGUCAUGGUUAAGAGCUAAGCGUCCAUAUCUUUUUCGUCGUUCUUGGAUACGUCGGGCGAUGAGUAAGCUAGUGGUUACAGCGUUCGCUCAUCACGCCGAAAACCCGGGUUCGAUCCCCAAAUGGGUACAAUGUAUGAAACCCAUUUCUGGUGUCCACUGCCGUGAUAUUGCUGAAAUAUUGCUAAAAUCAGAGUAAUGACAAUAUACGUGUUAUGACAAUAUACCACAGGCCUGCUACAAGUGCAAGAUGAAUCAUGCAGUUUCUUGCUGGUGACUUAUCAUAAUAUAUUUACAACGUAAAUGAAAACCUCACACAAGUUCUUACCAUAAAAGGCAGAUUCUAUGAAGAAAGUUGUUUGAGAUUCCAGAUGGAGACGCAGCGGAAAUUAGGAAACGGCCUAAGGGAAGCAACUCGUUCUGACAUGUACGAUUCCAGGAGAACGUUGCGUUCCAUGGAUUCACUCUGACCCAGUUCGUACAAAUGAUCUACCGACAUUCUGCAACUUCGCUGAUAAUUCACGGAUAGCUUAGGACUAAAAACUCACGAAAGUUUCCAUACUCGUUAAUCGAGUGUAAAAAUGCGGAAUGAAACAUAUACAUUGUACAAGCGAGGACGCCGAGGCUGGCUUUCCAACUACGGAACCGUCGGCGAAACAAUUGACGAUGCCAAUACUUUUUAAACGAUUGUUUAACUAAACGAUUUUCUAAAACUUUUAAGAUGUGUCAAUGAAAGAAAAUAAACCUUUUACUUGACUCUAAAACAAAUAUUAUUUCACCAACUCACAAUACUUACACAGGAUAACAUGUGUUUUUAUUUCAUUUUUAAAUUUCGAAAUCCUAUCAUGAGGUUUUGGAAAAUCCGUGAACUAGUUCAUACGAAAUGGAAAGUUUUCAGGUCCUGGUUUGCACUUGACAAUGGACACCUAAAAAAACAUGACAGUGAAAACCACAAAUGUGUAGGCUUAUGACUGGCAAUAAACGAAGGAGUUCUAUAGCCUCCUGAAAUGCAACCAUCAUGGGAUUUUGCAGGGAUCCAUUGAACCUCGUGACUGAAAACAUGGAAGGCUCAUAAACUAGUUUAAUCAUAUCUCAACUCAAUGGUAACCAUGGAUGAAGUCUUGUCAGUAUUAUUUGGGUGAGUGAGUGAGUUGGGUUUUACGGCGCUUGUAGCAAUAUUCCAGCAAUAUCACCACGGGGGACGCCGGAAAUGGGCUUUUACACCCACGCCCCUUCACACCCUUGUACCCAUGCUAAAGGCGGCGUAAAAGUAAACUCACUCACUCGUAGUUCGCACGAUGAACUUGUAUUGCCCAGAAAGCGUGCCUCCUAGAAACUGCCACAACCCCGACCCCUUUGCCGUUACAUGAGUAUCUGAGUAAACUAAACUGAAAUACUCUCCUGGUGUCUUGGGAUUAAUUUUCGGAAACCACCGUAAAUAUUUUGAAAAAAAUGUUUUAUUGUGACUUACAAGUCACAAAGAUUGUGUGCGUGUUGCCGGUUUAUCUAAUUCAAAAGUACAUAGAAAUACGGCUUAACAUUUGAAAGUUAUGUUGGUUCCGGGGUCACGCUUACUGUUACUGUAUCUGAAAGUAUACUGACAAAGAGGGAUCAAACCUCCAAAACACAAAGGCGAUAAUGACCUCAGUAAUUCAAGUCCAUGCUCUGUAUCGUUAUUACGAUACAUGUCCACUAGUCUCUAAAUUUAAUUUUUUUAAGUUUCUUGUGUGAGGCACGUCUCCAGGGGCCCUGUUUCUCUAUCCGACAUGUCCACUUUGUAUCAUAAUAUGAAAUAAUCAUUAAAAUUAUGUUCGA